UAUAAUAUAAUAUACUAUAUAAUUUUUUGUCUAAGACUGUUCUUUUCACUGUUCUUCUCAGUGCGUUUUUUGAUUAGUGUACACUUCUUUAUUUUUCUCUGCGGCGGUGUCUGCCUUUUUUGUAAGCGUUUCUUUCUUUUUUCUGUGCGUCGCUUUUUUUACGUCAGUAAGAGUGUUGGAAACACACUAAGCAAGACUAUAUUUCAAAAACUAAGGGAAAGAAAUGAAGGCUUACUCAACGGUGUUUUAUUUUCACCACGACACAUUCAUUUCUUUCUUCUCUUAAGAUGACUAAAACAAUCUUACUCAAAAGAAAGCGACGCACACAGAAAAAAGAAAGAAACGCUUACAAAGAAGGAAGACAUAGGCGCAGAGAAUAAUAAAGAAGUGUACACAAAUGAAAAACCACACCGAGGAGAAAGAAAAGAAGAGUGUUAGACAAAAAUGUUUUGUAUAAUUUUGUUUCAUGCAUUUAUAUUCAUUAUUUAAGUUCACUUUUUAUGAAAUUGGUGAUACGCGCAAGAAAACAGCAUGAUGGAUGUCGAAAGUCCUGGUCGAAACCGUCCAUGCUACGGAGUGUUUCGGUGCUCUCAAUGCAAAAGAACCUGGAAGAGUACUAAGGCUUGGCCUCACUCUGGUCAAACCUGUGCAGACUGUGAUACUCUUGUAUAUCCAAGCAAUCUCUCGAAAAAUUUCGCUUAUAUUUGCAAUGAUUGUAGUGCAUUCUGGUAUUCAUGUUAUUCAAGAAGUAGGGAAAAAUGCGGAAACUGUAAAUCAUAUAACAUCAGCGAUCCUCUAGAUCCUGAUGAUUUAGACGAUCAAAACGUUAUCAAUACACACAAGGCCGAUCAUAAGAAGAAACCGAAUGUUUCGAAUUCGAACGGUGAGCAUAAAGAACAUUUGUGCCAGAAAUGUCAAGCAAUGGGGCGACCUUGCCGCGAAGUCGAUGGUAUUAAACACAUGUUAGGGUCAACUACUUAUGCAUCAAAACAUGUGGGUACAUUGGAAAAACCUAAAAAUCCUGGGUCGAAGAUAGUUACCGAUUAUAGUGAUGCUGCUACUCAACCGGUUUGUAAAGCAUAUAUGUAG